AAACAUCCUUGCUCAGGAAACCAACUUUCUUUUUUUUUAAGAGAAAACCUUUAUAAAUCGCCUCAACUUCCUCUUUUUUUUUUUCUCUUCUUCUUUUUCCUUUGCUCUUCCACCGCCCUUGUCUUCUUUCUCUGAUACUCCUCAUACCUCUGAUACACCACUUCGUUUACUCUCCUCUUAUCUACACUUAUUCGUCUACUCAUUUAUUCACUAUGCACGGCACAUACUUCAAGCGUCCUGCUGAGUAUUACCGCAGGUCAUUGUGGACAUACCCAGAUACUCUUCGUUUUCGCGGAUCUGUUAUUCCCUCGGUGAUUAAGGAUGUGGUUGUCAUCACCUCCUUCAGUUACUUUGUCAUUUUCCUUGAAAACUCAAAGUUCUUUGACGGUUCCUUAAAUAUUCCCAACAUGAUUGUCCCUGCGUUGUCUGUCGUCGUGGGUCUUAUCUUAGCCUUCCGAACCAACACAGCCUAUGAUCGAUACUGGGAAGGCCGCAAACUGUGGGCUAGUCUUGAUGUCCAGAUCCGCAACUUCUCACGAAUGAUCUGGGUUGGCAUGAAAGAGAAUCGUCAUGAAACCCUUGUUUCUCCAGGCGGUACUGUCCGCCUCCGAGACUACCAUUUGUUCGGCCGUACCAACUCUAAAAAGUCCACAAACUCUGUUCGCAGCAGCAGCCAUAAUGGCCAUUGUCAUGGAAACACCGCAACAAGUCGCACAGAGAAUGCCUCUAGCGCCACACUGAUUGAUAUUGGUAACAGCCCACAGCAACAGCGACAUCUCGAUGAUGAUCACGAAAAGAUCUUGGUCAUCCGUCUAUUGCUGGCAUUUGCUGUCUCAGUCAAGCACCAUCUGCGUCAAGAAUUUGGCAUUCGCCACCACGAUCUCAAGAAUUUGUUACCCGAAGAUUUUGAACCCUGUGCCAACGAAAACGUUGAACUCAAGCCCUACCAGGACAAGGCCAUAGGAGAUCGCCACCGUCUACAGGACGCCGAACCCUGGAAUAUUGUAGCAGGCAAUGAGGAUGGGCAGAUGUCAUUACCAUUGGAGAUUGCACAUGGGCUGUCGCUCUGGGUCAUCACUGAAUCUCGUGCAGGCAGGAUCGAAAGCUCAUUGAUCGGAAACUUGCUGUCAUCGAUCAACUCGAUGGUAGACAUCUUUACAAACAUGGAACGAAUCGUUUACACACCCAUUCCAUUGGCCUACAGCAUUCAUCUUCGUCAAGUUGUUUAUCUUUACUGUCUGGCCUUGCCUUUCACCUUCAUCAGUGCUCUUGGCUGGUUGACAGUUCCAUUGAUGUGUUUAGUCUCGUUCACACUCUUUGGUGUCGAAGCCAUCGGUCGUGAAAUCGAGAACCCCUUCGGCAAGGACGCCAAUGACUUGCAUAUGGAUGACUUCUGUUCAUCUCUCAAGCGUGAGCUCGAUUACACUGUUAAUCUCAAGAACACCGUUCCCGGAGCCUGUGCUUAAAGAAUAACUACCGCCACAAUCAUCACGCUGCCAAGAGAGAAAACUAUAACACGAAACAGACAUAUGAUGUAGAUGAAGGGCAGGCGAAUUAUAAAUAUUUGUAAAUAAAAU